UUCUCCAACCCAUCCACCGCCCUCGAGCUCAGGUAUCGAUCAUCCAGCGCUAGCUAGCAUUCUAGCAACCUGUGUGAUCAACCCCAGCCAUUGCUAUGGCGACCACCACCACCCACGGCCCCAUCGCUCUGGCCUCGCAGUCGACGAAGCAGGACGUGCAGCACAAUCCCCGGCCGUACACCCCGAGCCCCUGGGGCGACUUCUUCCUCACCCACCAGCCGUGCACGCCGGCAGAGCUCCUGUCCAUGAAGGAGAAGGCGCAGGCCAGGAAGGAGGAGGUGAGGCGGAUCUUGCUGGACGCCGCAGCCUCCUCCGACCUGGCGCGGAAGCUGGACCUCGUCGACGCGCUGCAGCGGCUCGGAGUCGACUACCACUACAAGAAGGAGAUCGACGAGCUGCUUCGUGCCGUCUACGAUGACAGGGAUGGAGCUUCUGAUGACCUCUAUGUCACCUCGCUGAGGUUCUACUUGCUCAGGAAGCAUGGGUACACCGUCUGUUCUGAUGUGUUUCUUAAGUUCAGAGAUGAGCAAGGAGACGUUUCAAGUGAUGAUGUGAACUGCUUGAUGACGUUGUACGAUGCUGCACAUCUGGGAACUCACGGGGAGAAAAUACUUGACGCCAUCAUCACUUUCAACAAGAACCGCCUACAAUCUGUGAUGAAAACAAAUUUGGAGCCGGAGCUGGCAGAGGAGGUGAGGUUCACAUUGGAGACGCCUAGGUUCAGGCGGGUAGAGAGGGUGGAAGCAAGACGCUUCAUCUCAGUGUACGAGAAGAAGGCGGCGCGAGAUGAGACCAUACUGGAGUUUGCAAAGCUAGACUACAACAUCCUGCAAGUUCUCUACUGUCAGGAGUUGAAAGAACUUACAACAUGGUGGAAGGAUUUCCAGUCACGGACGGACCUGAGGUUUGCACGGGACAGAUUGGUGGAGAUGCAUUUUUGGAUGAUGGGAGUUGUUUAUGAGCCUUAUUACUCGUAUUCACGGAUAAUGCUCACAAAAUUGAUGAUAUGCGUGUCAUUGUUCGAUGACCUUUAUGACAACUAUAGCACCACACAGGAGAGUAAUAUCUUCACCACAGCCAUGGAAAGGUGGGAUGAGAAGGCUACAGAGAAAUUCCCAGCAUACUUGAAGGCGUUAUACAACAAUAUACUUGGCACAACAGAUGAGAUCGUGGAAGAGUUAAAACAUCAGAAUAACAAGCAUGCUGAAAUUGUCAGAAAACUGGUAAUUGACAUCGCCAAAUGCUACCAUGCUGAGGUCAAAUGGCGUGAUGAACACUACGUACCAACAGAUGUUGAGGAGCAUCUACAAGUUUCUGUGAGAAGCAGUGCAUGUAUGCACAUCACCAACCUUGCCUUCAUUUCACUGGGAGACGUGACUACUAGGGAGGCGGUUGAGUGGGCUUUCACCUAUCCGAAAAUUAUCAGAGGUGUUUGUAUUGUCGGACGCAUUGCUAACGACAUGGUGUCACAUGAGCGAGAACAAGCUUCGGAGCAUAUGGUAUCCACUGUGCAAACUUGCAUAAAGCAGUAUGGGGUCACAGUAGAGGAAGCUAAUGAAAAGCUUAGAGUAAUGAUCGAGGAAGCAUGGAUGGACAUCGUCCAGGAAUGCCUCGAUCUGAAACAUCCUAUGGCACUUUUGGAGAAGGCAGUCAACCUUGCACGAACAAUGGAUUUCAUGUACAAGCGCGAAGAUGCGUACACACUCUCAUUCAGCCUCAAGGACACUAUAACUUCAUUGUACGGGAAGUUCGCGUGAGUUGUAAGAUCCAGCGUCAAGUAUGGCUUUUCGGCAUAUUGUCUGACUAAGUUCAGAUGUCUAGGGUAUACUACUAUACCUCCAUAGACCUAAAAUAAUAUGAGGUGUGUUGUACCUCUUACCAUAUAUAUGUAAUUGGGUCGCAAAUAUAGACUCUCCAGUUUGUUUCUGUACGAAUAUACAGGGUAGAGCGAGUCUUGUUGUCUAUUAUUAGAGCUCCAAACAGUUACUACAAUUUUCAAAUUAAUAA